AUGUCUACUAUGGAUACACAUAGUCAACCCCCUGAGAUGCAGCCCGUUGUCUCACCUUCCACCGACCCUGUCGAGAUCACGACCUCGCCUAAGGAAUCGCAGGAGCCCCAAGCUACGACUCAGCCUGUUGCGACGACGCCGCUAACACAAGUGGAACAAUUUGCAUUUGAAGAACAACAAAAAUCAUCUGACCUGGUCUCGAAGGCACAGUCUUUCUUGGAGUCUCCUGAACUCAAAGAAAGUGACUCGAAAAGCAAAGCACAGUAUCUAGCAGACAAGGGGCUUUCGGGAGACACCAUCGAUGAACUUCAGCAAGCACUCGUAUCCAUUCCGGUUGUCCCCCCACGUACUUAUCCAGAGGCACUAGUAUCACCUACUCGAUCGAGGCUUUUAGACAACCUUGUUACUAUAUAUUACUUCUUCACAUAUGCUGCGGGAGCCUCUGCAGUUCUUACUUGGAUUUAUUCUAAAUUUGUGUUUCCUCGAUGGGUAAAGAUGAUUAGAGCCAAGCAGCGUCUACGGGAGCAUCAAAUUGGACUUUUGAACCGUCUAACUGAACAAUUGAGCGAGCAUAGAAUCAAAUGUUUGAAUCCAUCUAUGAUUGCCCCCAGCGAAGAUUCAAAGCCUGUCAUUGCCAGCCAGUUGCAAAACAUAUCCUCACAAAUACCCCCAACACCUUCCAAAACAUCUAGACAACACGCUCUACAGUCUUUAUCUGACCUAACGGGCUACCUCAGUUCUCAAAUCCACCUCACCUCUGCACUGGAUGCUGCAGCACGAGCAUACAAUUUCCAAUUUUCUAUGCCAGGGGCCACUUCUACUCAACCCAAAAAUGAAAUCCAUGAGCAGCUGAAGAAGGAUAUAAGGUCGCUUAAGGGCUUAUUAAUCAACAGGCGCACGUUCAUGCAAGGAGGCUCGUUAGUGCCUAAUUUGGGUCGACCGACCAUAACUGGUCAGUAA